GGUCGCAUCUUCCGAGACCUCUCACUGUGUGAAGUGGGGCCGGCUGAGCGUUCCGCUUUGUACAUUGCGAUGAUCGAGACCUUGGCCCAGUUGCACUCCUUUGACUUACGGUCACUGGGUCUCCAAGGGUAUGGUAAAGGACCAGGAUACUGCAGAAGACAGGUAUCAACUUGGAAAAGGCAGUACGAUGCAUCGGCUCAUACAGAUAUUCCUGCAGUGAACAAGCUGGCCGAGUGGCUGGCAAACAACCUGCCACCUGGUGAUACUGAAGAAAGUCUGAUUCAUGGGGACUUCAGAAUAGAUAAUAUCAUCUUCCACCCAACAGAGGCUCGUGUUUUGGCCGUGCUGGACUGGGAACUUUCAACUGUUGGACACCCUUUAGCAGACUUAGCAUACACCACUCUCUUCUACUUCUGGCCUGCAUCUGUGAAGGACUUGAGUCAAGGAACUCCCCUGGCUUUCAAAAACACCAUAGAAACUCCUUCAUUUGAAGAACUGGUUUCUGUUUACUGCCGCUGCCGGGGUAUUAGCACUACUUUAUCCAACUUCAAUUUUUUUCUUGCUUUGUCGUAUUUUAAAAUGGCAGCAAUAGCCCAGGGUAUAUAUGCUAGAUACCUCAUUGGAAAUGCUUCUGCAGAGAACAGUCAUGAGUUUGUCAAGAUUGUGAAGCCUUUGGCAGAGACAGGGUUAGAGCUCUCAAAAAGGUCAUGUUUCAGCAGCACACAUCCCAGCGUGGCUGGAGAGCUCUUCCCUCCAAGUAGGAAAGGCCAGGAAAUUUUGCUGAAGGUCAAGCAGUUCAUGAAGCAGCACGUAUAUCCAGCUGAGAAGGAAAUAAUACACUACUAUGCUGGAAAUAGAAGCACCGAGGCAAAAUGGCAGAAACCACCGGUGCUUGAGAGACUGAAGGAAAUUGCAAAAGCAGAAGGUCUGUGGAACCUUUUUCUACCAGAUGUCAGUGGUCUCAGCCAGCUGGACUAUGCACUCAUAGCUGAGGAGACGGGGAAAUGCUUCUUUGCUCCGGAGGUUUUCAACUGUCAGGCCCCGGACACGGGAAACAUGGAGGUACUGCACAUGUAUGGGACUGCGGAGCAGAAGAAAGAGUGGCUGGAGCCUCUCCUAGAAGGGAAGAUUAGUUCUUGCUUCUGCAUGACAGAACCUGAUGUGGCUUCAAGUGAUGCCACCAAUAUGCAAUGCAGCAUCGAGCGAGAUGGAAACAGUUAUGUGAUCAAUGGCAAGAAGUGGUGGAGCAGCGAGGUCAAGAAUGUGACUCCUCUAGGGCACUGGGCUUAUUGCACUUCAGGGGAAGCAGGAAAGGAGAGGUGGAAGGUCAUUUUUGGUAGUUACAGAGGAGUCGUUACUGAUUUUGUGGAAGAUGUUUUUGCUGUACAUAUGUGA